UAAAUGUCAAACCUAGAGGGCGCUGAAAACCAAAGUUUUCAUUGACGGGUAGUGGUGGUAUUACGGAUAAAGUUCUUGCUGAAGGAAAUCGAAUCACGAAAGCAAAAUGUCCAGCUUCCUGUUGCGCAGAGCAAUCAUUGAUGCCAUCCGUGUACCAGCUGGUACUCGAUCUGUCAGCGAAUUAGCUAAGAUCGGUAACCGCGAGUGGGUUGGGUACGGCUUCAAUGGUCAGCCCAAUUACAUGGACAGGCCUGACUACCCUCUCCCCGCUGUCAGAUUCCAGCCUGAAACCCCCGAUGUUAAGGUCCUCCGUGAAAAGGAAAAAGGUGACUGGCGUAAACUGACCAUCGAGGAGAAAAAGGCGCUGUACCGCGCGUCCUUCUGCCAGACCUUCGCGGAGUUCCAGGCGCCCACGGGCCAGUGGAAGGGCGCGGUGGGCUGGGCCAUGUGUGCUGCUUCACUCUCGCUGUGGAUCUAUAUGGCCGUUAAGUUGUUCGUAUACAGUCCGCUGCCUGAUUCGUUCAGUGAGGAGGCGCAGAAGGCCCAACUGAAGCGUAUGCUGGACCUGAAGGUGAACCCCAUCGAUGGGCUCGCCUCCAAGUGGGACUACGAGAACAACCGCUGGAAGUAAACUGAUCUCUCUUGCAGAGCUUCGUGAGUGGAGUCGGCGUAGAGUAGACAAUGUUAUGAUAAAUUAUUAUAUGUAAGAUAUGCAAAUAAAAUCGUGAUUCCAA